ACACUCUCCUACACAGAUGACACGGCCAUGAGCAGGUCGGUGGUGCAGUCCCUGCUCGCCAAGCGCGGCUUCGACGAGGUGGACAUGGCCAAGAGGUUUGCAGAGGAGUACAAGAGGGAACCCAACAGGGGCUACGGGAUGGCCGUUGUCAACGUCUUCAAGAAGCUGCUGAGCCCCAAGUGCAGCGACGUGCUGGAGCCGGCGAGAGCGCAGUUCAGCGGGAAGGGCUCCUACGGCAACGGCGGCGCCAUGCGGGUGGCGGGCAUCUCGCUCCUCUACGCCGACACCCAGGACGUGAAGAAGUUUGCGAAGCUGAGCGCGGAGCUGACCCACGCCAACUCCCUGGGCUACAACGGGGCCAUCCUGCAGGCCCUGGCCGUGCACCUCGCCCUGCAGGGAGAGCUGAGCAAGGAGACCUUCCUGGAGCAGCUCAUUAGCCACAUGGAAGAUGUGGAGGCAGAUGAUAAGUCUCUUACUGAUGCCCGAGCGCUGGGUUUUGAGGAUUUGCCAUUUUCGAGGCGUCUAAAGAAAAUAAAGGAAUUUUUGGAGCUCAGCAGUGUUCCCAAAGCAGAUGUGUUGUUUGAAUUGGGCAAUGGCAUCGCCGCCCUGCGCUCCGUCCCCACGGCCAUCUACUCCUUCCUGCGCUGCAUGGACGCUGACCCAGACAUCCCUGACCACUACAGCAACCUGCAGAGGACCAUCAUCUACUGCAUCUCGCUGGGUGGAGACACAGACACCAUUGCCACCAUGGCAGGAGCCAUCGCGGGGGCUUACUACGGGGAGGAGCAGAUACCCCCCAGCUGGGAGCAGAGCUGUGAGGCCUUUCAAGAGACACAGAAGCUGGCAAACAGCUUGUAUGAACUGUACUGCCAGCGGCCCUGAGCCCGGGGAGCAGGGGUGCUGAAGGCUGAGUGGGUGCUCACCUCUGCUUUUCUGGCCAGAAAUCUGGUGGUGGAUCUGCACC